UGGAGCUCUCUCGGCGGCCUCUCUGGAGUCCCUCGUCGAAUCUCUAUCUAUCUACACGACACGAUCGUAUAUCUCAGCUCGCUUUCCGUUUCAUUUCUGGAUUCAAACAAUAUGCUUUCUGACGAAGGGUUCGAAAAAUACAACAAAUCCCCAAGGUUCCACGAAGCUCAGAGAUCUGUGGAUGAUGGUCUCUCCCCGACCAUCUCCUCUCAGGGCCUGGCCGACGCCACCGCGUCCCGCGCUAUUUCCUUCACUCCUGAUCCACACACUGUCCCUCUUGCGGAAGCCCUGUCGUACUAUUCAGGUUUGCCUUCUGAGCCAACGCUGCUAUACCGAACGGGCAAGGAGCAGUGGUCUUCGCCCAAGGGGCCAGAGGCCCAGCGCCGAACGAAGGAGUUAUACGAAAUCUUCGAUCAUCCCAUCGCCCAGUGCUGGAACAAGGACUUGGGGUGGAAGGUUGUCGCCAUCAUGGACGAUCACAGUAUCCGCUUUACAACCAUAGAUGUCGUUCGUUUCAAGAAGAUCGAGGUCGACGAACCGAAUGACGACGAGGAAGACGACGAGGGUGAAGACGAUAACGAGGACGAAGAGCCGACCAAGACCAAGAAACGGAACGUCGGUCCUGUGACUAUCUGGAUUGGUGUUUUCCCCGACACUACCACCCCUACGGCUGCCUGCAACGCGGCUCAGGAAGUCCUAGCCCUUCUCAAUCACUACCGUAUCACCGAUGUCGACGUCGACUUUCGCGAAUCUUUCUACACGCGCGAGGCUGGUCCUCAGCUUCUCAAACCAGUCGAGGAUCUGCACCCACUCGUCGACGUCAUUAGCCCCCUUACUCCAGCCCUCGGUCUCGGCAUCUCCACCAAGGCCUGGCCCGAGAUUCAGGGGACGAUGGCCCUCUACCUCGCAGAAGGUGGAAUCAGAAACAGAUUCCUGGGGCUUUCGUGCCGCCAUGUUCUGAUUGGGCAGCAGGAAGGCAACGCCGACUACAGGUACAACCGCAGUGCACCUUCCAAGGACGUCCUCCUGCUCGGUGAUAGAGCAUAUGAGGAUCUGUUAGAUUCGAUCAAAGUUGAGAUUGAAAGACAAAGAAUUUUAAUCAAUCGCUGGACCAAACAGCUCGCCGGGUUCUUGGAGAGGGAGAGUGGCACAGACCAGGCCGACGUUCGGCGGGCGGCGGCAUCACGGAUUUUUACUCAGAUGUUACUGGACAGGGCCAAGACCGCUAAGGAGGCGCUUCCAGCGUUGCUUGAACGAGUCAGUACUGAUUGGAAAAAUCUUGACGACCGUGUUCUUGGCCACGUCCUCCGCUCCCCUGCCAUCGCUCUCGGUGUCGGGGAACAUCGUUUUACGGAAGAUUGGGGAAUCUUCCAGGUCGACCGGGCUAAGCUUGGUGACGGUUUCCAGGGUAAUAAGUUGGACCUCGGAACGAAGAUGUCGCCCGACGAGUUUGUGGAGAAAUGCUUCCCUCGCGGAGACGCUGACUGGAAAUUCGAGUUUCCCCUUGAUCGUCUGCUUCCGCUUAAGGGUACCAUCACCGACGAAUUGAUGCGCGCUCCUGACAUGUGGGACGCGGACGGCAAACCGUGCUUAUUGGUCGUCAAAAACGGUAAUGCCACUGGCAUCACCAUCGGCCGCGCCACCGGCGUCUUCUCCAUCGUCCGCGAAUACUCCACGGACAUGACCAGCAACCAAACCUCGAUGGAAUGGGCAAUCAUCAACUACGAUAGCAAGUCCGACGUCUUCUCGGAACCGGGCGACUCCGGCUCCAUCAUUGCCGACCUCCAUGGUCGCAUCGGGGGGUUACUCACGGGUGGUUCCGGCAAGACCAACUCCUCCGACAUUACUUAUGCCACGCCGUUCUGGUGGCUCCUCCAGCGCAUUAAGGCGAACGGAUUCCCUGACGCGCACCUCGACGUCCUCGCCUAGGGAUCUUGUCAUCAACAACGACCUCGACAUCAAAGAUCAGUUCUUUUUCUUCUGCGACUUCUAUGCUUUCUUCUACGCUCCUGUAUCUAUUGGCUGGUCAUUAUUGCAGACGAGUGCUUGGACCGGCGGAUUGCUGUUUAGGACUUGGACUAUUGGACUCGUCCUUCAGGCAUACUUUUCCCUUCACGCAACUUGACGGCCUUGACGUCCAGGUUCCAUACGACUCGACGUGGUUCACUGGACUAUCGGACAACACGCUCGCCACUUUUCGAGUGGGAUCUGGUAGGCAUAUGCAGGUGUCGACGCGUUUUUACAUAGCUUCUCGUUGU